AUGUCUUCCGGCGAAGGAGAAAUGGGCGACGCCCACCUCGGGCUCGAGUACAAGCCAAAAGUAGUGGCCUACUGGGACCGCAGGGGGUGGGAUUUCGAAGGGGUAGUCAGGUUGACGAUGGGAUUCACCCAGGUCAAGACGGGGCACAUCUCGAGGCACGAGAAAGUGGUGUGGUUUGUGGAGUGUGCUUCCAAAGCAGAGUGUCGCGAUGCGUGGCGCGAUUGCCGGUGGGUGCUUGGGCGUCGUUUUGUCGUUGUUCCUACUCCCUUGCGAGUGUGCGUCGUUGGGAAGGACAUGGAGUCGCUUGAGGAUCUCGAAGUCGUUUAG